GGAACUCGGGGGUGUGAAUGAGCUGAGACUCGCGGCUGGUUAGAGAGCUGGUGACAAGCACUCCGGAUUUGCCCCUCAAACGCCUAGCAAUAACAGUGACUCGCUUAACUGCUUAAAUUCCUCAGCAGCGUUUAUCCUCGAAAGUAACAGAGGAGCCUAUAUUAUUUCAGGAGAGACCGGGAAGUUGUCAAACAAUGGACACAGAGAGCGCGUUUUAUCGCUGAAUGUACACGGACCGGGACUGAUGUAUUGCAAAGACUGCUGCUGCUGCUGCACGGACCGGGCCGUGGAGUCACUAAGCGAAGGGAAGCGAGGACAGCAGAAGUCAAAGAGACGGCGCUCAACAAAGGAGAGCAAAGCAGGACGCGUGUGUGCAGAGAAGCAGUGCCCUAGAUCUGAAUAACAUCUUCGUUACUCUGCCAUUCAGGCUUCUUUCAUGCUGUUUUAGACAGCUGUUUCUCAACUCGCACCUGGAAAAACAAAGGGAAUGCAUUCAGUGGCAGCACAUCUCCAUGCGUAAAUGGACACGCAUCUGCGCGCAUUUGCUGUACUUUUUCAUUAUGCGUACAAUAAAUUAUAUUUGUUUUGUCACUAACUCAUGUCACGUCCCAUGACAACACUGGUAUAUAUGCAUUAUAGACUUCCUCAUACUUCAUAUCUGCCAUGAGUGAUGGCGAUGCCUGCAGAAUCUGACAGAACCGGUGCGCAGAGCAGCACUCAUGAAAAAAACUUCAGCGCACCGGAUCGCAAUGGUUAUGUGAAAACAUGUGUCAUCCCACUGUGCCGUGACCGAGAUUACGAGUCGUGGGUGAGGCUAAUGUUCACAAAAAUAUGGAGUUCCCAGAGACUCCGGAGUGCGGUGUGUGUGGGGUCGCUUUCGGUUUUUCUCGCUCUGCUGGUCAAAUGUGCAGACUGGAAAGCUGCAGCCAGCAGCAGCGCUGACAACAGUCUCUCGCAUUCAUCGUCUCCCCUUCACUUCGUUUCAGGCUGCGCUGCGGAGCUGUUGCAAACUUGCUGGAGUGUUGUUUCCCCAUUGUUUACCCUCGUAUGUGCCUUCUUUUGGGUCGGUGUCUACUUAAUCCGCUGCGGAGCUCUAAUCCAGACCGCCCUCUCCCUCCUAACCUUGUGCCACCUGGGCGAAGCAGCGGCGUGGUCUCUCCUGGACGGGACAGAUGAGCAGCUGUUUUCAUUCACGACAGCAGCCGUGGUCGUGCUCAUCUGCGUGGCCACCGGCGCACUCAUGGUAGCACGGCUGAAUCAGGGCAUAUCUGUGAUCGUUUUCAUUAGCCUAGUCAGGACUAUUUCACUCUUCUCACUGCAAAAAGUGCGGGCCACUUGGAGACCGUACGUAGCGUACCUGGUUGGAGUGCUGGGCAUCCUGCUGGCGAGGUAUGCUGACAAGCUCCUUCCCAACCAAGGGAGACACAAGGAGGGCUGCACCUCUGUGACUGGAGCCAGGGAAGAGAUCCCUGUAUUUAAAAGGCGCAGGAGGUCCAGUUCUGUGAUAGCCUCAGACAUGGCAAACAGUCAGUCCAAUAGUAAGUCACAUCGCCGGACCUCUCUGCCAUGCAUCCAGAGGGACCAGAUGCUCCCCCGCUCGGAUUGGGACCACAAGAGAGGCUCCCGAGGAUCACAGUCAUCAGGCACCACUAUCAUGGUGGACAUAGCAGUGAUGGGAGAAGCCCACGGACUAAUCACAGACCUGCUGGCUGACCCCUCACUGCCCCCUAACACCUGCACCUCACUGCGGGCCGUCAGCAACCUGCUAACCACCCAGCUCACCUUCCAGCCGCUGCACAGGCCACGCCCUACUUCCCUGCUUAACCCCAGCGAUGCCUACACCUUCUCCGACUCAGAGGAGGGACCUGAGAAAGGAGAGAAGACGUCCAUCCAUAAGCGUCUGAGGCGGAGUCUCCACCCCGGUCUUUUGAGGAGGAUCUCUUCCACGUGGACCACCACCACCUCCGCCACAGGCCUGCCCAGCAUCGAGCCCGGGCCCGUCCGAAGGGACCGCAGCGCCAGUAUCAAGCCCUACCAUGAAGCACUCACCUGCAGCUGUGGGAGACCAUACAUCAGACUGGGCCAUGGGGAGGGUUCUAUAGACAAGGGAGACAGGGUACCACGGUCAGCAGAGGACCAAGUGUUGGUGUCAUCAGACUAUGAGAGCACCCACGAAGCCAACCACAGUGACAGCAGUGAUGUAGCACACACAGAGGAGGACACAGAGGAAGGAAAAAACCCAGCCCAGAAUGUCAUCCUCCAUCCACUAAUACCUCCUGAGGACAAACCAAUGCUGGCUCCAGAGCCAUUAGUAAUGGAGGACUUAGAGCCUUUAAUGAGUCAGCUAAAUAAUUGGAACUUCCCCAUCUUCAGUUUGAUGGAAAAGACCAAUGGGAAAUGUGGACGGAUCCUUAGUCAGGUCUCCUACAGGCUCUUUGAAGACACUGGCCUGUUUGCAACCUUCAAGAUUCCUGUACAUGAAUUCAUGAACUACUUCCAUGCCCUUGAGAAUGGUUACAGAGACAUACCAUAUCACAACAGGGUCCAUGCCACAGAUGUGCUGCACGCAGUCUGGUACCUCACCACACAGGCUGUGCCUGGUCUGCCCAGCCUUUUUACUGACCAUGGCUCUGCCAGUGACUCAGACUCUGACAGUGGAAUAACACACAGUCAUAUGGGCUUCCUGGUUUCAAAGACCUACACUGUGUCAGAAGAUGGUUACGGCUGUCUGUCAGGCCUCAUACCUGCUCUGGAGCUCAUGGCCCUUUAUGUGGCUGCCGCAAUGCACGAUUACGACCACCCCGGGAGGACCAAUGCUUUCCUCGUGGCCACCAGCGCCCCACAGGCAGUGCUCUACAAUGAUCGAUCCGUUCUCGAAAACCACCACGCUGCCUCAGCCUGGAACCUCUUCAUGUCGCGGCCAGAGUACAACUUCCUCGUCAACCUGGAUCACGGGGAGUUCAAGCGUUUCCGUUUCCUGGUCAUUGAGGCCAUAUUGGCCACUGAUCUGAAGAAGCACUUUGACUUCCUGGCUGAGUUCAAUGCCAAGGUGGGUGAUGAUCCAUCCACAGGUAUUGAUUGGUCUAACGAGAAUGACAGGUUGCUGGUCUGCCAGAUGUGCAUUAAACUGGCUGACAUCAAUGGGCCUCUGAAGUGCAAGGACCUGCAUCUGCAGUGGACAGAGGGCAUUGUCAACGAGUUCUACGAACAGGGUGAUGAGGAGUCCAGCCAGGGCCUUCCCAUCAGCCCCUUCAUGGACCGAGCGGCACCACAGUUGGCCAAACUCCAAGAAUCGUUCAUCACACACAUCGUGGGACCACUGUGCAACUCCUACGACUCAGCCAACCUCAUGCCUGGACGUUGGGUGGAACCCAACCUAGAGGCAGAGGAGCCAGAGAUCACGGAGAAUGAGGAUGAUGAGGAUACUACAGAGGAAGACACGUCCACCAGCUCAGAAGCAUCACAGAAAGGAACUUCCAAGAAGAGAAGGAAAGUCUUCUGCCAGAUCACCCACCACCUGCUGGAGAACCACGAGAUGUGGAAGAAGGUAAUUGCAGAAGAGGAGGCCCAGAAACAUGGCCAAGUAACAGAAUCUGUCCAUUUAAACAAUGUAGCUGAGCCAAUUCUGGCAAUUCACGAGGAGGAAGAAGAGCCAGGCAGCAAAGAGGAGCUAGUUGAAGGAGAGGAUCCAGAGGAGGGAGUGGAGGAACCAGAGUGGCCUGUGUCUCCGCAGGAAAACUCUAAACCUCCAGAGGAACUAGCGGAGGACCCACACUGAAACAGCCCAUGGGAAAUAUGGCAUCAGUCAGGGCAAGGACAUGAAGAAGUAUAUAAUGUUUUCGUAUCCUAUCAACUGACUCCUGUCUCCUGCCAGCACAUCACUUAGACACAACACUGUAGAUGUUUGGGAAAUGUGUGCCUAUACAGAAAAAAA